UCCCUGGACUGCAUUCCGUGGCUGGUUGCUUCCAUCACUGAAUGUCUGGCCAUUGUCAUCCUCAAUCUCCUCACCAUUAUUGUAUUUGUGAAACAGCGCCAGCUACAGCGCCGGAGCACAUACUUGAUUAUCCAUCUGGCCACAGUCGAUCUUUUGGCUGGAGCAGUUUCGGGUCCAGUGAUUGUUCAUCAUCUUUUGGGGCACUAUUGCGAUUUAUGGAGGCAAACUCAAACGAUUUUUCCAUUGGCUAAUUUGUUUCCCAUGGCCUCACUCGUAAAUCUCGCUGCCAUUUCUUUAGAAAGAAUGCAUGCCACAUUAUUUCCAAUUGAGCAUCGUGUAAUUGAGAGAAGGGUUUACGCAAUGGCAAUCGUCGCUAUUUGGUUUCUAACUUCAUUGAGGGAGACUGUUCAAAUCGUGUUAUUCAAAACACAAGGAAAUUCUCAUCUUGCAGUAUCGUUCUCAACAAUUACCUUGGUAUUAUAUUGGUCACUUCCUCUAUUUUUGAUUUGUGUCGCUUAUGUUGCUCUUUUCAUCAAAGUUCGAUUCAGUCCUAAUCCUCGACAUCAUGGUGCAACCAACGGAGAAAGGAAACUCACCGCCACCUUACUUAUUGUCACGCUUGCAUCUUUAAUGACAUGGCUUCCAUUUACAACUUUCAGAAUAAUUACAUAUUGGCAUAAAGAUUUUCUCUCCGGCUGGUACCCUCAACGUUCCUUUUUUCACAUGCGAAUGACGCUAGCGGCUUUCGUAGGCGCUAAUUCCCUGGCGAAUCCUAUUGUGUAUGCUAGAAGACUGCCAGAAUUUAGGGCAGGUAUUUCCGAAAUGUUCCGCAGAACCCCAAGCACUACAUAUCAAGCUGAAUUGCGUGUGACAAAU